AAAUUCAUGCCAUCUUCUUUCUGCUUGGCCUCUGCCGCUGCUCUCGCCUCAAGGGAGGGCCUUGCACCACCCAAAAGAUGGCAACAACAAGGACUUUGUUUCCACAAUCCCUUGCCGCUGCCUUGGCCAUCUUCUCCCUUCUUUUCAUCGCCGCCUCGGCUCAAGCGAUACCCCAACAAAACUCCAAGCCGAGAAACAACAUUCAGAAGAAUGGUAAUGCAAAUGGCAAACCAAGAAGACCACCGACGACGGCGGAGCUUGCGAAGAAGAUAAAGUCGGCUUCCUUCGUGAAAGAGGUUGUUUCUGCUCACAACGCUGCAAGAGUCACCAUCGGACAGACACCCAUGGUGUGGAACUAUACCCUUGCCUACUUCGCCAAACAGUGCGCUAAAAAGCGCUUAAACGAUUGCAAGUUGAUCCAUUCUUAUGGCCCUUACGGGGAGAACCUGUUUUGGGGUGGCAAAAGCCAUUGGACCCCGAGCGAGGUGGUGAAAUUUUGGGUUGAGGAGAAGGCUUAUUAUGAUCCGAAGUCAAACACGUGUGCCACGGGCCAAAUGUGCGGACAUUACACCCAGAUUGUCUGGAAAGAUUCGGUCAGGGUUGGUUGUGCUCGUAUCAACUGUUACAAUGGUAAAGGCAUGUACGUGAUUUGUAGCUAUGAUCCGCCGGGCAAUUAUAUCAAUGAACACCCAUUUGGUGACUUGGCUAAUAUUGACAAUGUGAAUAAGAUUGCACUGCCACCGCUGUGGAAACCACCCGUUGUUGCCCCAACCUUGCCAGUACACUAAAAGCCUAUGUAAAUUAAUGGAUGAUAUGGGAGGGAGUUCAACGAGAAUUGAUCAUGGCUUUGGCUAAAGCAGGGGAAUUUAUCUCUUUUUUCUUUUCUUUUUUCUCUUUUUAUAUCUGUAAGAACAUGGCAAGACAUGUGGUCUGUACUUGUCUGUUAUAUUUAAAUGAAAAUUCCAAAAGUUUAAACUGUU